AUGUUUCACCGUCAUCGUCCGACCACCACUACGACGCGCACUACGAAGCCAACCUUCAUGACACGCCUUAAGGGUCGCAACGCUCGAACUCAAACAGUGAAGACUAAGACUACUACAACACGCCAUGAGGCCCCACUAUCCAAGGGUCGGAAAUGGGACAGACCUCGGACACAGCAACGUCGCCGCAAGGUGACCUUCGGCGAUAAAGUAUCAGGGGCCAUGCUCAAGUUGAAGGGCAGCUUGACUCAUCGUCCUGCAGUCAAGGCUGCUGGGACCCGUCGCAUGCAUGGCACCGAUGGCCUCAGGGGGCACCGUCAUCGUGCAUACUAA